UGGGCUAUGUACUUCUUGAACUACCUCGAUCGCAACGCCAUCGCACAAGUGCGUCUAAACAACCUCGAAGAUGAUCUUGGUCUCGAGGGCACCCAAUACAAUACCUGCAUCAGUAUCCCUUUCGUCGGAUAUUUGCUCACCCAGACCCCAUCGAACAUGCUCAUGUCCACCCAAAAGGUCCGCCCUUAA